AUGCCCUCUUCUGAGUUCAUUCGUGUUGUUGCAGAAGGAGAUGCAUUUCUUGUGCUGGAGAAAUUUUCCAGGUUACCAUUGAAAAUGGAGGCUCCAGAAAAGGUUCUUUGUCAAGCACAUGGGCAAGCCAGGCCAAUUGCUGAUUUUUUGCAUGAAAAUGUGCUGGAUUUUAUAAGUGAUGAAGCAAUGGACGAUGCCUGGCACGUGGCUUCAUAUUUAAGUGAUUCUGACUUGCUUCUCUCUUCUUUCCGAGGAAUGCUGGCUAGAUAUAAUGAGGCAGAAAAUGUUCUCCAAUCAGCUGCUGCGUCAGUUGCUGUUCGUGGGGUGCUAUUUGGAAAUUCUCAUCCUUCACCUUCCAGGUGGCAUGCUAUCCGGAAACCAAAGCUCUGGCAGGUUGAGCAAUCAAUGUUGCACAAUCAGAAAGAGAUGGUAAGGCAAAGAUUUACUGCUUAUAGUGGAUCCAGUUCUUCUCACUUGUCAGAUGUAGCUACUGAGUACAUGCCUGUGCUGAAAUGGCUUGGAUAUAGAGCAUCUGGUUCUGAAGAUAAUCAAGCACCCACUCACCGCAAUGAGACCGAUGAUGGCAGUUGUGAUAAAAUGAGUUUAGAUGACAAAGAGAGCGACCUUUCUGAUGAUGAAAUAGAAGAGUGGUAUAAAGUUACUGUAUUUUUGUUAUGGAAUGGGAAGCGGUGA